CUCAACUCACUUAUUAUCUCUCUCUUCUCUGUAUUUAUCUCUCUCUCUCUUCUCAGUGAUGCUUGAAACUGUGUUUUAGAUUCUUCUCAGAACACAGAACAAAGAACACUAGCUUUUCCCUUUUGUGUAUAAUUCUGUGCUGAAGCGUAGAACUCUUCACAUGUGUGAAUGUGUUUACUUCUCUUAACUAAGACUGCAUUUUGACACAUAUGAAUGAAGUCUUGUGAGUGAAAGUUUGUGUGCCUAAUCACUUCUGCAGAAGCUCACAACAUCGGCAAGUUAGUUACCUGUCACAAUCAAUGGCACACAGAAAAAGGCGUUUAGAUCAACUCAAGCAUCCAUUCAGUCCUCACCCAUUUGAAGCAGUUGCAUUUGGCUCAUGGCAAGCUGUGGAGUUCAUAAAAAUUGAGGCAGGAACUAUGUCCAUGCAUUUUGCAGAUAAUCAUCAUGUGGUUAUGGAGAAAGGACCCUUGUCAGAUAUUCGAAUAAGGUCAAGGAAAGCUACUUUACCUGAUUGCUCGCGUUUUCUUCGUCCUGGAAUUGACGUAUGUGUACUAUCUGCCCCUCAACAAUCUGAUGAUGCAGAUGCAGGAAUUAAUCUCGACCCUGUUUGGACUGAUGCCAAAAUAAGCUCUGUACAAAGAAAACCUCAUGACUCAGAGUGCUCGUGUCAGUUUUAUGUCAACUUCUAUGUUCAUCAAGGUUCACUCGGUGCAGAGCUAAGAACUCUUAAUAAGGAGAUCAAAGUAGUUGGAAUCAAUCAAAUAUCCAUCCUCCAAAAACUUGAAAGUACUCCUUGUGAAAAUCAGCACUACCGGUGGGCAUCAUCCGAGGACUGUUCCAUUAUAUCACACACUAAAUUGCUUCUGGGAAAAGUGUUAUGUGAUCUUUCAUGGUUAGUUGUUACCACAGCUUUAAAGAAGAAGGUUUCAUUCUGCGUAAGAUCUCUAGAAGACAAGCUGGUGUAUCAAGUUUUGGAAAGGGAUACUACUGUUAGCACUUCAUUGAACAAUGAGUCUCACAUUGAUGUUGUGAAUUUCAAAACAGAAAAAGGCACGUUAUUUUCCAUUGUUUCUCAAGUAGCUACACUUAAAACUAAGAGGGUUGAACCUGAACAGGAAUCCCAUGAAGAUAAAGAAUCACCAUCUUACAAUGUUGAGGGCUUACGGCGUUCCAAGCGUCGGAAUGUACAGCCUGAGCGUUACCUUGGCUGUGAAAAAGUUUCCCAGAUUGAUGUUGGUUCUUUCAGAAACUUACCACCAGUUAAGAUAAACACUUGGAAAGAUGAUGAUGUUGAUCAUGAAAUGAAUAUACCAUUAGCUGGCCUGUUUAGUUUGCAGAAGAAGUUUUUAGAAGGGGAUACUGACAAUCAUCAAAAGGUCAAGAAGGCGAGCUCGUGCCGGGAGCUUGUGGUGUACCAAAGGAAGAAGACUAAAUCCCAGAAAGUAAAGUCAGGAGGUGAUGAUCAGAAUGAACAUCAAAAUCAUCUUGCUAUUAUUGCUCUUCCUGCUCAACAUGAUCCGGUAGAAGUUAUACAUUGUGAUGAUCUAAAUGACAAGGUUACUAGAAGUUAUGGUCAUGAAUCCUCUGAAGUUUCUUCCAAGUAUCGUCAUCUAAUCGGUACCACUUCAAAGAAGAACGAUAUUAAAUUGUUAACUUUUGAGUCUCAUAAUCAUGCUGCAAAGUCAGAUGAUGCAGACAAGAUUGAUGAUUUGUCAUCGAGAUAUCAUUAUAGUUAUGGCACCCCUAAGUCACAGAGGAUGGGUUUAAGUGAUCUGGAUGAUAUGGUGGAUCUUGGAAAUAAAUGGGAAGGGAUUAGUUCCAGUAAAGGAUUUCAAGGGAAAAAACAGCGUACGACAUAUUUAAGAAGUAGAGAUCAUGGAGAACAAAAAAGAUACAAUUAUAAAGACAGAUCCUUAAAUGCAGCUGCCUACAAGGAUUUGAUAAAUUCGUACUUGAAGAAUAUGAAUACAAGACCAACCAAUGAAGAAUCAGCUAUUGCUGACCAAUGGAAGCAAAGCGAAACACCAAGCAACAUUGGGCAAAAGACGGAAACUCAGAUGCUUGAUGAAGAGGAUGCAGAAGAAGAAUCUGAAAUGGAUAUGCUGUGGAGAGAACUGGAAGUGUCAUUGGCAUCAUGUUAUCUAGAAGAAGAGACAGAGGAUUCACAUGCUGCUGUUUUCACCGAGACUCUGGAAAAUCCGAACCCAGGUUGUCCUCAUGAUUUCAGAAUGAAUGAAGAAAUUGGAAUUUACUGCUAUAGAUGUGGCUUUGUGAGCACUGAGAUCAAAUAUAUUACACCACCCUUUAUUCAACAUUCAGUGCGACACCAAGAGGAGAAGCAGAGCCCUGAAGAAGAUUCGAAGACCAAGCCUGAUGAGGACGAUGACAUAGAUCUUUUGCCAGCUCUAGACUCUCCUGAGAAACUUGUAUCUCAAGAAAAUGAAAACGUUUGGGCGUUAAUUCCCGAACUUAAAGCAAAGUUGCAUGCCCACCAGAAGAAAGCAUUUGAGUUUCUUUGGCAAAACAUUGCAGGGUCCAUGGACCCGGAAUUGAUGGAAACUGCAUCCAAAAGAAGAGGUGGCUGUGUGAUAUCCCAUACUCCUGGAGCAGGAAAAACUUUUCUCAUUAUUGCUUUUCUUGUUAGCUACUUGAAGUUAUUCCCAGGGAAGAGGCCACUAGUCCUUGCUCCAAAGACAACACUCUAUACUUGGUACAAGGAAUUUAUCAAGUGGGAUAUUCCUAUACCAGUUUAUCUGAUUCAUGGUCGUAGAACCUACCGUGUAUUCAAGCAGAAAUCGUCGAUUGUUAUUCCUGGAGUUCCUAAGCCCACUGAUGAUGUCAAGCAUGUUUUGGAUUGCCUUGAGAAGAUACAAAAAUGGCAUUCGCACCCGAGUGUUCUUAUCAUGGGUUAUACUUCCUUUUUAACAUUGAUGCGAGAGGAUUCGAAGUUUGCACACAGGAAAUAUAUGGCUAAGGUAUUGAGGGAAAGCCCCGGGAUCAUGGUGCUGGAUGAAGGGCACAAUCCUAGAAGCACCAAAUCUAGGUUGAGAAAAGUUUUAAUGAAAGUGCAGACAGAACUGAGAAUACUGCUUUCUGGUACAUUGUUUCAGAACAAUUUCUGCGAGUACUUCAACACUUUGUGCUUGGCAAGGCCAAAGUUUAUUCAUGAAGUACUGAAAGCAUUGGACUCCAAAUACAAGAGGAAAGGGAAAGUUGCAAAAAAAGCGAGUCAUUUAUUAGAGUCGCGGGCUAGAAAGUUCUUCUUAGACCAAAUUGCCAAGAAAAUUGACUCGAAUAAUGGUAGGGAGAGGCGGCAGGGUCUAAAGAUGUUGAGAAAUGUGACAAAUGGUUUCAUAGAUGUGUAUGAAGGUAGGAGUUCUGAUGGUCUACCUGGUUUGCAAAUUUAUACAUUACUGAUGAAUUCAACUGAUACACAGCAUGAGAUUUUGCAUGAACUGCACAAGAAAAUGGCCAGAGUCAAUGGAUACCCUCUGGAGUUAGAGCUUUUGAUAACUCUAGGUUCAAUACAUCCUUGGUUGGUGAAAUCAGCAGUAUGUGCUGAGAAAUUUUUCACUCCUGCGCAAUUGAUGGAGCUAGAAAAAUGCAAGUUUGAUCUGAGAAUAGGGUCCAAAGUAAAAUUUGUUUUGAGCCUUAUCUACCGGGUUGUCAAGAAGGAGAAGGUUCUCAUAUUUUGCCACAACAUUGCACCUGUGAAGUUAUUUGUGGAAUAUUUUGAGAAGUACUUUGGAUGGACAAAAGGUAGGGAAGUGUUGGUGCUAUCUGGGGAACUAGAGCUGUUUGAAAGGGGGAGAGUAAUGGACAAGUUUGAGGAGCCUGGUGGAGUAGCAAAGAUACUACUUGCUUCAAUCACUGCUUGUGCUGAAGGCAUUAGUUUAACAGCUGCUUCAAGAGUGAUCAUGUUGGACUCAGAGUGGAACCCUUCAAAAACAAAGCAAGCCAUUGCCCGCGCCUUUCGCCCUGGUCAGCAGAAAGUUGUUUAUGUUUAUCAGCUGUUGGUGACAGGUUCAUUGGAGGAAGAUAAGUACAAAAGAACCACUUGGAAAGAGUGGGUUUCAAGCAUGAUCUUCAGUGAGGCCUUUGUGGAGGACCCUUCUCAGUGGCAAGCUGAGAAGAUUGAAGAUUAUAUACUCAGGGAAAUGGUUGCGGAGGACCGGUCUAAAUCGUUCCAUAUGAUCAUGAAGAAUGAAAAAACUUCUACCAACAAAUAAAAGGAUAAGCAGCUAGAGCAUCAAUAAGGGACGCAACCCCACAUCUAAAUUCUGAACAAGCUUCUUCAUGGAAAACCCAAUAUGUUUUAUUUUUUUAUCCAACAUCAUGAACAAGAACACCCCAGUCCAAAAGAUGUGACUGGUGCCAAUUGACUUAUAUAGGUGUUGCCAAAUGUUCAAUUUUUUCAAUCUCUUUCGUCUUUGGUGAAGGUGAGAUUUAAUGUCCAUCAUUGCUUAAUUUAACUAGCAUAGCUGCAAACUGUUCCUUCAUUCCUAAUCAAUUCAGCUUUGCUAAGUAAACAUUUGCAACUCUUCUACUUUAACCUCUUUUUCAUGGUUUGACUUC